UUUCCGCUAUGAAGAAACAUUAAGAGAGGCUACCUUUUUCAUUUUUAAAAACAUCCUUUAAAGCUCGAAUCGAAUUUUGAAGUAGUCUAUUUGAGAACAUGGUUUAUGUAAGGUUACUUGACUUCAGAAAAUCAGAACAUCGGAUUCACAUUGUGCACACGUUUUAAUGUGAACCCUCCUGUACUUCAGUGCCGUGUGCUACUGUGUGCAAUGUGAAAAGUCGUGAAGCCACAUCACAAUCGUAACACCCGUGCAUAUUCCCAAAGCACUAAAGACAACGUGUUAUUAUGGAAGAAGAAGAGGAUUAUUUGACGUGUGGUAAAUGUAUGUCUGAGUUUCGACUGGAUAGGAUCACAUCUUUUAUUGAACAUAAAAAACAAAACUGUCAGGAAUCUGUGGAAACAGCUGCUACUUCAAAUGCUGAGUUGGUUUGUGGUUCCUGUCCUCAGGGAUUUAUGACAGCAGUUGGACUACUCAGACAUGCUCAAACAAUCCAUAAGUUUAAACUGUUUCUUCAAAGAAGUUCUGGUAUAACAGGGAUUCAAGAGGUUACUGUAUCUCAAGAAACAGAUGCAGCAAAAAGAAUGAUAGAUCAGUCUAUGAUUCAUUCCAUUAGGCAGUCCUUAGACAGGUCUUUAGAAAGGGAUGAUCAGUUAGAAAAUGGGUCUGAAGGAAUAUUGUUGACUUCAAAUCAGCCACAUGUCAUGGACUUACACCAGUCUGAAAGAGACAUUUCAAAUCUACAACUAGCAUCCAAUCCAUGCCAAAUCCAAACAGAAAGUCUAAGCAGACCAAGUUCUUCGAUAAUGGUCAAGCAUUCAAACGUAUCUAAAAACAAUGAAAUAAAUAUAAGCAAUGUUAGAUUACCACUGUUAAAUCUUCAUACUAAUCCUGUGCAAAGACUAAGUUUGGGCAAUAAACAGCUUAGCAAAACACAAUUUGACUCUCGUAAAGACAUUUCAAAAUCAGACAUUUCUUCAAUAGUGAAUAAUCAAACAUCUGCACCAGUUGUUACUUCUGAAAAUAAUGCUACAACAAUGACUAGUCCAAAUGAAAAUAUAUCAAGCCAUACGUUAAGUGCCAUUAUGAAAUCAGGGGUUCUCUUUCCUGUAUUAAAUAAAGAGUUCACAAGUCAGUCAGCUUCUGACAAUCAGGUGAAUCAACAGUCAAUUCACGCAGCUGAGAAUAUGAAUACACAAGAAAAUAGCCUAGCAUUGACAGAUGUUCACCAUAGGCAGGUAACUGAGAUAAACCAGUCAUCUAUUGAAAGUGUUGACACAUCCAACCAAACCAAUUUAUUAUCAGUAGAUACACAGGUGAUUAAACAGCCAGAUGUUUCAUUCAGUAUGACAACACAAACGAAUGGGCAAACAUCUAGUCAAGUAUUGACAGGGGUUCAGAUUGGGAACCAAAGAAUAGAAUCACAACAGGCAAGUCCUGUUUUAGUUUCCUCACUGACAGAUAAACAAGGAACCAGUCCAGUGUUGGUUGCAGAUGUAAAUAAACAUUCAGAAUCAAAUAAUCAAGAUUUAGAAGUAUACAAAGAAAUUGCUGUUAACACAUUGCAAUCAUCUGACAAUAUUGAACCAGAUAUUAUUCAAGUAUCACCAUCAUCAACUCAAAUUCUGAACAGCAAUGAAAGUACAGGAGAGACUUCAGAAAAUACUAAUAUAGGUUGCUGUGAUAGUCAAAAAUGUGGGGUAACAGUAAUUCCAGGAACUCAUGAAGGUCUUAAAAAAUGCUGCAAUGCUGUAGUUCCAAAAAAAAGAAAAAGACAUUUUGAAACAAAGCAUACUUUAUCGUUGAGAAAUAAGCUUAUGCGUAGACUCUCUGAUUCAAAUACCAUCAGGUCAUGCCGCAGUAGUGACAAAAAGAACAGUGGAACUAUUUUUAUAGACCUUGAACCCAAUGAGGAUGGAACACUGUCUCAAAAAUCUAACACAAGUAGUGAUGAUAUGGCUUUCCCUGCAGCUGUCAGCGGGAUUGGCUAUGAAGUGUCUGGAUUAUCUAGAGACAGUGGUAGUUAUCUAAACAGAUCAAAAGGGAAAGGAUCUGUCAUUCUUCCUCCUGGAGCUGUGUUCUCUAUACCCAUUUCUUAUUCACUCAGCACUCAAAACGAUGGAUCAUUGAGACCAUUAAUUAUAUCCAAGCACACAUUCCAGACAGAGGCAUCUACAGUCAGUCAGAGUACUGCAUACACAGCUAACAAAUUAACUGAAACCAUAUCCAACAGAUUUAGGAUGGGAACUGAAAAUGUACAAGCAAGGGAAGGUGACAUGGAGAAAUCAGUUAAUUCAGCUGCAGAAAACGAUGGAUCCGUUAACAGGUUGGAGAUUGACUUAAAUCACAGCGAAGAUGGCGAACAGAAUCCAUCAAGGAAAAGACGUUAUCCAACUUCCAGACCAUUCAAGUGUGAAAAGUGUGACAGUGCAUUUAACCAAAGAAUUCAUUUAAAAAAACAUAUGAGUAAACAUACAGGUGUGAAACCAUUUAAAUGCCAACAGUGCAGUUAUUCCACUGUAGAAAGAAGUCAUCUCAAAGUUCACAUAAGAAUUCACACAGGAGAAAAACCAUUUAAAUGUACAUAUUGUGAGUAUGCAACAGCUCAAAACAGUACACUGAAGAUCCACUUAAAGAGGCAUCAUAAACCAUCACAGGGUGCUACAAAUAAAUCACCUACCAGUGUUUAAACUUUUAACAGAUGCAAAAAGCGUGUGCUCUAAGGGACAUAACUUAAGGCUCACUAAGGGACAUUACUUAAGACAAGUGGUCGGCUGGUUAUGGGAUUCAUCAUAACAGAAUACCACCUACACAGUUACAGAACUCUGGUUAUAAAUCAAGACAUCAUCACAAAGAAGACAGAGAAAAUCAAGCAGAUAUAUAUAUGCUAAUAUCAUAGAAAUUACAUUAACCAUCAAUUGUUUUUGUUACCAUUUUAUGAAUUACAUGUAUUUAGAUGUAAUUAAUCAAUUUUAAUACUUGGGAGAACGGGUUAACUACAAAUAUCAAACUUACAUGGUUUAAGGCUUCUUCACUGCUUUAUGUCAUUACUCCAGAUUUCUAGAAUAAGAUGGGGUAGAAUUCUGAAGUGAAGGCAUGUACUGGUAUUUGAAAACCAUUGAAAUGUUCCACAGUUUAAAUGACUUGUAGAAUGUAUAAAACACCAUUUUAAUCAUUUGCCACUAACUUUUCACAUGUUAUUUGCCCAUAAAUGAAAACAUGUGAAGCUGAUUGGCCAAUAUGUUAUAUAUGAAGCAUUAUUUAUAUAAUUUUACUUUAUGAUUUGAAAUAAAAAAGCAAGACAUCAUUUUUCAACGUUUGCUAAGAAAUUCAGCUAGUUUUCUAUCUGUAUCUUAUGGUGAUGAAGAAGUUGAUUAAAAUUCAGUACAAGCCGUGUCCUGCACAGUAAAAUCAAUUUGAAUUGUCCACACUCUUUUCAAACACAGGAACUCAUCCUAAUGAAAAGUAUUUGGAAGUUCCAGAAAAACACAUUUAUAUCUACCUUUUCAUAGUAUAAGAAAUCAGAUUAUUUAUGAAACAUCCUCAAUGGAUUGUUGCCUUAUGUUUUUAUGACUUGGAGAUAAUUUUGAAAUUGUAAUCUGCAGUAACAAAUUAUUGUUAAUUUUCAAGCAUGUUAUAAGACUUAAAUUUUUGUAAGUUCAUAGCCUUUAUAGUUAAAUGGGCUUUAAGAUUAUGAAUAUCAAUUGAUAGAUAUGAACUAUAAUUUUCUCUGCAAUUUCGUUUAACUCCAAAAUCUUACAAGACAUUAAUGUGUAUAGCUUUACUGUAUUUCAACUUUAUGACAAUUAUUUGUUAUGCUUUUAUGUCAUCAUUCUAUAAUAUUUUUAGUUCCAACCAUUUUUGGUUGCCUGUUUUAUACAUAGGUACAAUAUAUGUGAUCAUCAUAGACAAAAUAGACAAUUCCAAUAUGUGCCAAUUCAUAUAAUUUGAACCACUGCUUUGUUUGAAACAGGAAAUGGGAAGAAGAAUAACUGUAAAUUAAGAAAUUAUUGCAAAAUUUUUAUUAAUGUGAAUAACGCGACUUCUUGAGUACAUAUAUCUGUAUGUAGCUUUUCCUAUAAUCGCAAUAAUUAAAGUCACAUUUUUGUUAAUUCUUCAAAACUUGCAAUAAUAAAUGCACACAAUAAUUUCUGAAUUUACAGUAUUGUGUAUUCGCUCUCUUACUUGUCUGCCUGUCAAACCUGAAGUAUUUUGUAUUUGGGUAAAACACUAUUAAUAUUCAGAUAGAACCUUUUUAUUGUCAAAACACUUAUGUGUGAUAAUAUCUAAAGAUCUGAACAGAGAUAGAUUUCCAUAGGAAAAUCUUGUUAUAUUAUUUGUUAAUGCUUGGAUCCUCUGUAAAAUUAUUUGCUUACAUUUUGUGUAGCUUUAUUUGAAAUAGAAGUUUGCACUAAUGUUUUUGUACAAACAUAUUUUUUUUAAAUCUCCCUACUAAAAAAUUAUUUAAUUAUUAUUACACAAUGUCAGAGGUGAGGAUUUUUAAAACUUUUAUCAACUAACAAAUAACAGCAAUGAACCAGAAUAUCUUUUUUUUUAUGUCUAUCUCAUUAUCUAUUUUAUAUAUUGUAAUGCCUACAUUUUGGUUUCAGGACUAAAUCCGUUCAGUCAUGUACAAUAUCAUAAUAAAACUUGGUUUGAUAAUGCCCUAGGAGAAGACCCUAUUGAUUUUGAGGUCAAAGGUCAAGGUCACAGUCACAACAGCUAUUUAUCAUGUUAUGGACUGAAAUUAUGGCAAAAUUUUAGUUCUGGAUAAUUUUUAACCAUAUGUUGGACUUUUACAAAACUUUAGAUUAAGAAUGUUCCUUAUAAAGAAGAAAACCCAUAUUGAACUUUUGGCCAGUAGGUCAAGCUUACAGUGCAAUGUAAUGACAAAAACUCAAUUUUGAGGUCAC